AUGCCUGACGAGUUCCUUGCCACCAACCCCCCCCCGCUCUGGAUCACACUCUACCACAUCGUCACCCGCCUCCCUGACUCUCUGCGCGCAGUCAGGGAUCACUUCCUCGCUCGCUCUCCCACUGAGCUCACCAUUGCCCUCCUCGAGAAGGAAUUGCUUGCAGCUGAGGCGAGCAUCGUCGCUGUAGGCACCUCUCGUGGCGACCCCCGCACCCCGUUCUUUGAGGGGUGUUCCCCUUCCCCUCUCCUCCCCUCUGUCGCCUCUGCUGCUGCUGUCGACCUCCUUGGUGCUGAGAAGGUCGGGGCUGCGUCUGCUCCGAGCGGGCGCCGCAGGGGCAAAGGGGGCAAGGGUGGAGGUGGUGGCGGGGGAGGCGGGAGUGGUGGCGGUGGGGGUGGCGGUGGGACUGGAGAGGCUAGUGGCGGCAGUGGGGGUGGUGACAGCAGCGGCGGGAGCGGUGGCAGGGGCGGAGGCGGCAGCGGAGGCGGAGGUGGUCGUGGCGGCGGCAGGGGUGGAGGUGGCCGGGGCGGUGGCGGCGGCGGUGGUGGUCGUGGAGGCGCUGGCGGUGGACAGAGUCAGCAGCCCGCCCCGUCGCUUCAGGCCGCCCGUGAGUGGUAUGCGCAGCGUGGCUUUACCUGCACGUACGUCAUUCGCACUGGUGACCGCACUGGCCAGCAGUGUGGGAGGCCGCAUCCCACACAGCGCUGUUUCGCGCGCCUUACUGACGCGUGGCGUGCCCAGUUUCCUGAUGCCACUGACCUGCCCCACUGGGCUGAUCUGGAGAAGAAGGGAGUUGAUAUCUGGGCUUUAGACUUUGAUGCUAUUCUCACUGCCAUGUAUGCGAUGUUUACUAGUGGAGAGGGUGCUCAGUACUUGCGUGUUCCGCCCGACCCGGGCAUUCAGACCAGUCCGGCUGCCGCUCUAGGUGCUAGUGAGUCUGCUGCCCCAGGUCCUGGUGAGGCUGCUGCUCUAGGUGCUAGUGAGUCCGUGCCCUCUGGUACUGAGUCGACUGCAGCACUGCACACCUUCACACUGGACUCAGGUGCUUCUCGCUGUUUCUUUCGUGACCGCACUGUCCUUGAGCCGCUUGCUCGGCCAGUUGCUGUCUCCCUCGCUGACCCCUCUGGGGGUCCGGUCGUUGCGACCUCCUCCACUGUCCUUCCUUGUCCUGCGGUCCCGUCAGGCACACUGUCAGGCCUCUACCUCCCCUCGUUCUCUACGAACUUGGUGGCAGGUAGUGCGCUCCAGGACGGGGGUGUUCACCAGUUCACCCCUGCUUACGAGCGCGUGACCCACUGCACGUGUGCUCGGACGGGCCGUCACCUGGCUACCUUCACUCGGCAGCCGGGGUCGGACCUGUACACACUGACCACUGAGUCCCCUCAGGUAGCUGCGUCCGCGUCUGCGUCUGCGUCAGGUCAGCUGUCCGCCCCCUGCUCGUGUCGCUCUCUGGCGCAUGAGACUGUCCUCUGGCACCACCGCCUUGGUCACCCGUCUGUGCAGCGCCUUCGGGCCAUGCACAAACGGGACCUUGUUGCUGGUCUUCCCAGGGUUCUCCCUCCCCUCCCACCCUCGCCUGCUCCUCCCUGUCUUCCCUGUGUCGAGGGGCGGCAGCGCGCCGCUCCUCACUCCUCCUCCUUCCCCCCGACGACUGCUCCUUUGCAGACGCUCCACAUGGACGUGUGGGGCCCAGCCCGCGUCCGUGGUCAGGAUCAGGAGAGGUACUUCCUGAUUGUUGUUGACGACUUCUCGCGCUACACCACGGUCUUCCCCUUGCGCACCAAGGGUGACGUCCCUGAUGUCUUGAUCCCCUGGAUCCGCAGAUCUCGUCUCCAGCUCAGUGAGCGUUUCCGCUCCGACUUCCCUAUCCUGCGUCUGCACUCUGACAGAGGUGGGGAGUUUUCCUCUGGCCUCUUGGAGGCCUUCUGUCAGCAGGAGGGCAUUGAGCAGUCGUUCACGCUUCCGGCCUCUCCACAGCAGAAUGGGGUUGCUGAGCGCCGCAUUGGCUUGGUCAUGGAGGUCGCUCGUACCUCCUUGGUUCAUGCGGCUGCCCCCCACUUUCUGUGGCCGUUUGCAGUCCGAUACGCUGCGCAUCAGCUCAACCUCUGGCCCCGUGUCUCCUUACCGGAGACUUCUCCGACACUGCGUUGGACGGGAGAGGCUGGCGAUGCGUCGCGUUUUCGGGUCUGGGGAUCUCGAGCUUUUGUUCGCGAUACGUCCGCGGACAAGCUCUCCCGUCGAGCUGUCCCCUGUGUCUUCCUUGGCUUUGUCCCGGACGCGCCUGGUUGGCAGUUCUACCACCCCACCUCGCGGCGUGUCCUGGCCUCUCAGGACGUCACUUUUGACGAGUCCGUCCCCUACUACCGCCUCUUCCCCUACCGCACUGCCCCGCUCCCCCCCCCGCCUCUCUUCCUCGCUCCAGGUGCUGAGGUACCAGACCCCCUCCCCCCUCAGGGUGCCGCUCCCUCAGGUGUGUCCCAGGUAGACCCGGUUGAGCCUGUCGAGGUAGCUGUUGACUCUCGUCCUGCUGGGGGUGCUGAGCCUGACCGUGAGGAGUCUGAGGGUACUGAGCCUGGGGGUGCGGAGCCUGGGGGUGCGGAGCCUGGGGGUGCGGAGCCUGGAGGUGCGGAGCCUGGGGGUGCUGAGCCUGGAGGUACUGAGCCUGGGGGUGCUGAGCCUGGGGGUGCUGAGUCUGGGGGUGCUGAGCCUGAGCGUGCUACACCUGGAGGAGCCCUCUCCUCCCGGCAGCUGCAGGAGAGGUACCUACAGUACUGCCGCCUCCGGAGAGGUGCUACUGGAGCUCGCACCAGUACUUCCCCUCCUGCCCAGGAGCUCCCCCCCAUUCAGCAGAUCCGAGAGUGGUACACGCGGCGCUGCAGUCUUCGGAGUGGUGCUCCUGGUGCUGCGGACCCUGGGGGUGGCGCUGCUGCUGGUGCUGAGGACCCGGGCGUUGGAGCUGCUGCUGGUGCUGCGGACCCGAGCGGUGGCGCGGCUGCUGGUGCUGAGGACCCGGGCGUUGGCGCUACUGCUGGAGCUGAGGACCCGGACGGUGGAGCUGCUGCUGGUGCUGAGGACCCGAGCGGUGGCGCUGCUGCUGGUGCUGAGGACCCGGGCGUUGGAGCUACUGCUGGAGCUGAGCACCCGGACGGUGGAGCUGCUGCUGGUGCUGAGGACCCGAGCGGUGGAGCUGCUGCUGGUGCUGAGGACCCGGACGUUGGAGCUGCUGCUGGUGCUGAGGACCCUGUCGCUGGUGUCCCUGCUGGUUCUGGAGACGCUACGCGACCGCGACCGUACUUCGUACCACUUCUUCAGCAGGUUCUUGGUCAGGCUCCUCCUCCUUGUCCUCCUUCCUCCGUAGAGUGUCCUCCGCCUGUCCAGUCACAGUCACAGUUCCCGCCUGCCUCGCCUCUCCCUGCUCCCUCUCCUUACACUGGUCCCACGGGAGGUCUUACAGAGCGUCGUGAGCCUGAGUCUCGUCCUGCGUCGCCUGUUCGUACUGCUCGCACUGGUCGUCGUGUCCCACGUGAGCGUCCUCCUCCUGUCCCUGGCACUCACUACAUGACUCUGCGUCCCUCCACUGCUCCUCAGCGUGUUCCGCUGCCGUCUCCUCCUGCGUCCUCUCUGCCUACUCUUCCUGAUCCGGAGUCUGACUCCCGUCGUGCUGCCAGUCCCACUGUCACCCGUCUCCUCGCUACUGUUGUCACUGACCCUACCUUUGAGUCCUCUUCUGCGUCUGCUCUGGUCGCUGAGUUGAUAGACUUUGCUGCCCGGUGUCGUCUAGACUACGCCACUAGCCUUGUUGCUGAGUCUGAGUCUGAGUCUGUCUGUCCUCCGUCCGUCGGGGGUGAGUGUGCUCUUGGCACGGACGUCCUUGAGGACAGACAGGAGGAGUUCCAGUGCUUUGCUGCUGCUUUACCCCACCUCGUGUCCAUGCUAGUUGCCCCUGAGGGAGACCCGGAUGCACCAGACAUCCCGACCCCGCGCACUUACGCUGAGGCGAUGGCGGGUCCCUACUCCUCUCAGUGGCAGACAGCCAUGGACGCAGAGAUGGCUUCCUGGAAGUCCACACGCACCUACGUCGACGAGGUUCCCCCACCUGGGGCGAACAUCGUCAGUGGCAUGUGGAUUUUCAGGGUGAAGCGGCCACCGGGUUCUCCUCCGGUCUUCAAGGCGCGCUACGUGGCUCGAGGCUUCAGUCAGCGAGAGGGAGUUGACUUCUUCCAUACCUUCUCCCCCACCCCGAAGAUGACCACUCUUCGGGUGCUGCUGCACAUAGCCGCUCAGCGCGACUACGAGCUUCACUCGCUUGACUUCAGCACUGCUUUCUUGCAGGGCAGCCUGCACGAGGAGAUCUGGCUGCGCCGCCCUCCUGGCUUCACUGGGUCGGUUCCUCCUGGUACCCAGUGGAGGCUUCAGCGGCCGGUCUACGGUCUCCGCCAGGCACCACGUGAGUGGCACGACACACUGAGGACGACACUUGCGGCUCUUGGGUUCGCUCCCUCUACUGCUGACCCGUCACUGUUUCUACGCACAGACACCUCACUGCCGCCGUUCUACAUCCUCGUGUACGUCGACGACUUGGUCUUUGCCACUGCUGACACCGCGGCACUCGCCCACUCACACAUGGUGCAGCAGAUCCUUCAGCGCUUCCGCUUCACGUACUCCUCGCCUCAGUCCACUCCUCUGCCUACCGGUCAUUCGCUCUCAGCUCUGCCUUCGGAUGAGUCCGUAGAGCCGAGUGGCCCGUAUCCAGAGCUUGUGGGCUGCCUCAUGUACCUGAUGACCUGCACUCGACCUGACCUUGCAUACCCUCUUAGCAUCCUUGCGCGCUAUGUCGCUCCUGGCCGUCACAGGAAGGAGCACAUGGAUGCCGCUAAGAGGGUGUUGCGCUACUUGUGCAGUACGUCGGGCAUGGGGCUAGUGCUUGGAGGGCGAGACCGAGUUGUACUUACUGGACACUCAGACGCUUCUUGGGCGGACGACCAGGCUACUCAGCGGUCGUCUCAGGGUUACACCUUCAGCCUUGGCUCCGGCUCAGUUUCUUGGCGUUCUACACGCUCUUCUUCUGUUCUCAGCUCCAGUUGUGAGGCUGAGAUCUACGCCACAGCCAUGGCUGCCCAGGAGCUACGCUGGCUGACCUACCUGCUGACCGACUUGGGAGAGCGGCCUCGUUCUCCUCCAGUGCUGUACGUUGACAACCAGGCUGCCAUUGCCUUGUGUGAGGAGCACAGACUGGAGCACAGAACGAAGCACAUCGCCCUGCGGUACUUCCUUGCUCGAGAGCUGCAGCAGCGUGGUCAGCUUCGUCUGCGUUACGUGGCCACUGAGGCCAACCUUGCGGAUGUGUUCACCAAGGCGCUUCAGCCUUGUGACCAUCAGCGUUUCUGUACUCUUCUAGGCCUUGUGCCUGCUGGACCCCACUUGCUUACUUCUUGA